AUGGCUCACAAGGUCAUCUACCAGUCAACGGGCUGCUUGCCGGGGAGCUCGGCAGUGAAGAGCGUCCCCACCAACGACCUGGUGCGUCUCACCUACCGGACGGCCUACUCCACAGGCGUCCCUGCGACCGAGGCGUCCCCUCAGGGGAUCAAUGCCACCUUUUUGCCGCUGUAG